UAUUUUUUUUAUUUUCAGAUUUGUGGAGAUUAGAAGAGAAGAUGAACCGGAGAAACAGUGGCGGCCGAGGAGGAGGAGCAGCAGCAGCGCCGAAGCUGGAGCUGAAGUUGAACCUGUCUCCGCCGAGGGCGAAUAGAGGAGUCGAGUCACCGAGCCGGUCGGCCACGGUGUCGCCGACGUCGCCGCCGAGCUCGUGUGUGUCGUCGGAGGAGGAGAUGACGGUGGGGAGAGUGAGAUACUCGAGCAGCCCUGAAGCGACAUCGAUGAUGCUGGUCGGAUGCCCACGGUGUCUGAUGUAUGUUAUGCUGUCGGAAGAAGACCCAAAAUGUCCGAAAUGCAAAAGCACUGUUCUUCUCGACGUUCUCCAUGAUAACUCCGCCGUCAAAACCAGAAGAAACUAGAAACAGAGACCAAGAACAUCAAAUUCUACAAGUUCAGAGAUAUUUUCUUUCUUUCUUUUUUUUUUUUUUUUUUUUUUUUUUUUUUUUUUUUUUUU